AUGACGCUCCCCGACCGUCCCUCGACAAGGAGGGCCCUCCACGCCAGCAUGCUCUGUCUCGUCGUGUUGGCGCUCCAGCUCCUCACACACACCGUCUCUGCGCACCUCACACCGGUACGAUCCUCCCACGCUACCACCUUCUCACAGCGCGAUGCCUUCUCGGAUCAGGACCCCAUCGACAACGAAGGCGAGGAUCACGGUAAGCCUGUCGUUCCCUCGGGCGCCAACCUCGUCUCGCUUCCCGUCACCAACGCCGCCUCGCUCGCCGUGUACUGGACUGCCAACCCGCAAAACUCGACCGCCACCAACGCAUACAUCAUGAUGCACGGCAAGCUGCGCGAUGGCGCCAACUACUGGACCGUGCUCAACGACGUUCUGCGAAACGCGGUCGCUGCGAAAACGCCCAACGCCGCAUCGACGUCGAUCGUCACCGCACCGGAAUUCUACUCGACCAAGUUCAACUCGGGCCAGUACAGCGCGGACCAGCUGGCGUGGGCAGACACGAAUGUGUGGCAGGCCGCCGAAGCCGCCACCCAUCCCGCCGGAAGCAACGUCACCAGCUUCGACGCGCUCGAUGCGCUCCUGAUGGAGUUCAGCGAUACCUCCAAGUAUCCCGCGAUGAAGCAGAUCACCUUUGUCGGUCACGGCGGGGGUGGACAGCUCAUUUCGCGCUACGCCAUGGCCGGUGCGGGCUUGCCUGCGAGCAGCAACAUCCACCUGCGUUACGUUGUGGGCGAUCCUUCGUCCAAUCCGUACUUCACCCUGGAUCGACCGUUGCAGGAUGCGAGCGUGGCGAGCAAGACCACUUGCCCACUGUACAACCGGUGGCGCUACGGGUUUGAUCGUUUCAACGGCACGCAGAUGGGCGGACUCCUCACUCCCCAGCAGUACUUCGCCCGUCUCGCCACGAGAGACGUCCGCUGGGUCGUCGGCUAUCAAGACACCGAGGCCAACGGAGACAACACAUGCAUGGCCAAGCUCCAAGGCGGCGCCGCACGGAGGGAUCGAAACCUCAGCUGGUGGAGAUACAUCAACACCCUGGCUGGCACCAAGGAGGAUCUCACCGGUUUCCCUGGCGCCCUACCCGGUAUGGCCUCGUGGGGAAACUUGACCAAUAACACCCUCAAUCACCGACUGACGGUGGUGUAUAAUGCAACACACAAUGUGGAGGAGGUCUACUCGAGCAUGCAGGGCACCUCGGCGCUGUUUGAUGAUACGCAGAACGUUCAGUUGGGUUGGAGACCGCAGGGAUGGAAGAAUGUGACGAGCGUCAAUCAGUCGACCAAGAACGGGACUAGUGCGGCGCCGGCCACGUCGGCGGGUGCAACGGUGGGCGUGCAGCAGGGAUGGACGGGGUUGAUUGCCGUCGCCGCUAUGGUCGUCGUCGGGUUGUCCGUGGCGUAG